AUGACGAAUAAUGGUUUAAGUGUUGUAUCUCAAUUAAUAGCUUCAAUCAUUUACCUGAUCUUGUUGCCAUUUGGUGAUUUCUUUGGUAGACAUUUAAGUCUUUAUCUUGCAUUCAACAUUGGGUUCAUACACGGUGGAUCUUCUGGGACACUUGGGGCAAUCCUUUACUUUCGAAACAAAUUAUAUGUUCUUGGUGUUCUUAUUUCUAUAUUUUUAUUCUUGGUGUUAGUGCUGACCAUCUUUCACAUUAUUUUGACGGUUCAAGUUUAUAGACUUUUUAAGAGCAGAAAUUUUACUAUAUGUCCAAGACUUAAUCAUACUGGUGCCACUGUUUCCCCUGAUGUUAGAAGAGCAGCUAGGUUGACAUGA